AUGCCAAAUAUUCACUUAUCACUUCAUAUUACUGACUGUUGUCUCGAUUAUGAUCCAUUUUAUUCAUUCUGGUAUUAUUCAUUUGAACGAAUGAAUGGAGUAUUAGUAUCUUUACCUAAUAGAAAAC